AUGCCGUCAGAAGACUCUUCUUCGUCGUCCCAAUCGUCCGCCACGAUGACGGAACCCGAACGUGAUGUCGAGUCGCAAAAAUCUCAUAAGGACUUACCUUACCACAGGCGCCAGUUCGACCUAGCUGCCGUCACUCCAGCAGUAUUACAAUGGCAUUACAGAGGCAGCGGAACCGCCGAGGACCCCUACAUAGUCGACUUCCUCCCCGAUGACCCCAAAAAUCCGAUGAAAUUUCCGACAUGGAAGAAAUGGGGAAUUACUCUCCUACAGGCCCUCGCAGUUCUCGCUGUCACUUUCGUCUCAACAGCCUACUCAGGUGGAAUUAGCGAUGUAAUCCGCGAGUUUAAGAUUAGCGAAGAGGUUGCAAUUCUUGGGAUUUCGCUAUUCGUUAUUGGUUUUGCUGUAGGACCUAUAAUAUGGGCACCCAUGUCUGAAAUGUAUGGCAGACAGAUAAUGUUUUUCUUCACAUACAUGGCGCUGACAGCGUUCAAUGCUGGUUCAGCGGGAGCGCCUAAUAUCCAAACAUUAAUUAUUCUCCGUUUCUUUGCCGGUACGAUUGGCAGUUCGCCACUAACUAACGCCGGCGGUGUCAUUGCCGAUAUGUUCCCAGCCACCCAGAGAGGAAUAGCUACCGCUAUGUUCGCAUCAGCCCCUUUCCUAGGUCCAGCUAUUGGUCCGAUCGCCGGUGGCUUCCUUGGUGAUGCGGGAGGAUGGCGAUGGGUUGAAGGUCUAAUGGCAUGCUUCACUGGCCUCCUUUGGAUUCUCUGCACUUUUCUUGUUCCUGAGACCUAUUCCCCUGUUCUUCUUCGAAGGCGCGCAGAGAAAUUAUCUCAAAUUACCAACAAAGUCUUUGAAUCCAAACUUGACGUCGGUAAGCCCAAGAAAACCGUGGGCCAGGAGUUUAAAAUCGCCCUAUCGCGACCCUGGAUCAUGCUUUUCCGCGAACCUAUCGUCCUUCUACUUUCUCUUUACAUGGCAAUUGUAUACGGAACCUUGUAUAUGAUGUUUGCUGCCUUCCCCAUCGUAUUCCAGCAGGGGCGUGGCUGGUCUCCAGGAAUCGGUGGUCUCGCCUUCUUGGGUAUUGCCGUCGGCAUGAUGUUCUCGGUCGGCUACAGCGUAAUCGACAACAGGAGAUACGCAAGGAUCUUCGCUGCCAAUGGCGGGAAGGCUCCACCCGAGGCACGAUUACCACCCGCUAUAAUAGGAUCCGUUCUCUUACCCGUUGGACUUUUCUGGUUUGCUUGGACUAACAGCCCCUCGAUCCACUGGAUUGUGUGUAUCAUUGGUUCAGCUGUCUUCGCCUCUGGUAUUGUCUUGGUGUUCUUGAGUUCAAUGAACUAUCUCAUGGAUUCAUAUGUCAUCUAUGCCGCCUCGGCACUCGCCGCCAACUCCGUAUUACGAUCCAUAUUCGGUGCCGCGUUCCCACUGUUCACCACAGCUAUGUACAAUAAUCUGGGCAUCCACUGGGCCAGCUCUAUACCCGCUUUCCUCGCUAUCCUUUGCCUUCCUUUCCCAGUCUUGUUUUACCGAUACGGUGAAACUAUUCGGAUGAGGUGCAAGUUUGCUGCCGAAGCCGCCGACGUCUUAGCGAAAAUGCGGACAAGAACCAACGAUGGUCGAUCAGGACCACCACCGCCGCCACCCGCACCCGCACCAGAAUCUGAAUCACAACCUCAGACGGAUAGCGAAAAGAAAGAGGAAUAGAGGAAAUAUUAGGAAUGAGGUAAAGCCAGAGAUAAUCACAGCUUUAUGAAAGUUACGAAUAGGCUCGGAUAGAAGAGCUAGAUACGCGGGAAUACGGGCGCUUAUGGGUAUGGUAAUAUCAGGUAGGGGGUUUGGGGCGCAUUGAUAGAAAACAUAGCGAUCGUUAAGUUUAUCGCAUUGCAUUUGGGAUUUUGGAGGGGCGGUGAAUUCAGUUCACCAAGAUACCAAGGACAUUAGCAACUUUUGCACGAGACGCCGAUACACCU